UAUAAGAUUAAAAUCAAAAAUCAAUUUCCACAUUUUAAACAAACCGGCAACCCCCAUCAAGUUGUAGGUUAUGUUCUUACUUGUGUUCGAAAAUUGUCUAUAAGACCAUCGAGACCACUCGAAAACACAUUGUUUAGCAAUCAUCAGGAAAACACCAUCAGUUUUACAACGUGCUAUGUUAAUCAAUUACUGGACCCCCCUUUCUUGUUGUGAUGGAAGAUGUAGGUGCUACAGUUUUCUACGAUGAUGAGGAUGGCUGCUUGGAUUAUGAAUGCCUACACAACAAUGUCGAAUAUGAUUACGACUACGCAGAGGCUAAUGCAGAAAAGGAAACCCUCUAUGAAUUGUACCAAUAUUGUCUCACUCCUAGUUUAUAUGAUACGGGACAUUAUUUGCUACCUUUGUUGGGUAGCACACUUUUAUUUAGAUUAUUUGUUCACACUCCAUACAUAUCAGAUAAGAUAUUUCAUAUAUUGUCAGUUGUCAUAGGAAUAUUUAUUAUUCAGCAUUAUGUGCAGGAGUCCUUAAUUAUAUUAGUGGUAUUUGUUCUAUUUUCUUAUAGUAUUUUAUGUGUGCCAAAAAAGUAUAUAUAUGAAUGGGGGCAUGGAGGCAUACGGAUCUUUCUACCAUCUCUUUUGAUAAUUGCAUAUUGUGAAUUCUUGAUGCAACCAAUAAUAUGGCACAAAUUGCGCAGUGUGAUCAUGAUCAUGGCAAUGAAGGCGAUUAGCAUUGCCAUUGAUACAAACAGUAGUGGCUCGAACAAUUUGCCAGACAUUUAUAGUUACCUGGGUUACAUGUUCUGUGGUGUAACUUGUUUGUUUGGGCCAUGGGUAUCAUUUAAAGAUUAUUUUUUGCUCCGUUGUUCUAAUAAUCAGACGUACACAAAAUGGUGGAUAACAUGCAGCAUUGGAUAUGCCUUCCUUUCCUUUGUCUUCCUAAGCAUUUCAAAUUGCUGGACGCAAUGGAUAUUUGUAGAUAACUCUUGGAAGUCAGUAUCUACAAUUUUUAAAUAUGUAAUAUUUUUGUCCAAUGUGAAAGAGAUAUUAUUCUUUUCAUAUUUCAGGUGGUUAAUGGCUUAUAGAGACGCAUUAUCUUUUAGAACGUCUCACUUCUUCAUUUCGUAUGUAGCUUCGGCAUUACUAGUUUUUGCCGGAUUUCCUUUGUCAUCGUCAACGAUUGUUAAGCCCUUAUACAUUGAGUUUCCACGUUCCCUCGUUCAGGUUGUCAUUUAUUGGAACAUUCCGAUGCAUUAUUGGUUGAAAACGUAUAUCUUCCGUCCUAGCAUCAAAAGUUUAGGAAAGUUUGGCGCAGUUACCAUCACAUAUCUGAUAAGCUCUCUUUUACACGGGUUGAAUUUUCAACUGGCAGCAGUAUUACUUACUCUAGGAUUUUACACGUUCGUGGAGUUUCAACUCAGAGCCAUGCUCGCGGACACUUUCGACGCUUGCGUCGCAUCCAAACAGUGUGCCAAGCAAAAAUGCACGCACAAGUAUAACUCUUACAAUUGUUGGUGGGUCUUUAUGAUAAAUUUUGCGUUCGCAGGAUUGGCAAUGUUUCACUUAGCUUAUCUAGGUCUCAUGUUUGACACGUCUGACGUGCAAGAAACAGGAUACAGCUAUAGUCACACCAUCAACAAGUGGGCUGAACUCGGAUUCGCUAGUCACUGGGUAGCGCUGGCUACAUAUUGUAUAUAUUUUUUAAUCAAGUAGCAAAUUAUUUUAUACGUUUAAGACAUUCCGCAAAUUUUACUGACGAGAGACUUGUACUUAAUACCCUUUUUUUUAUAUAGAAAAUAAAGUCUGUAAAUUGAACGUGCAA